GAUGAUCAGUUGUUAUUGUGAAUAAUUCUAGACAGCAAGCAAACCUCCUCUGUUCCAACAUGAAAGGUUCCAGGGGCUGGCGGCAGUGGAUGCUGGCCUUGGUCUUUCCAGGCCUCAUCAUAGCCCGGCCGGCAUCCUCCUCGCUUGGAGCAACGUCAAUUUCAUAUUAUCCCCAAGCCACCAUGGCGGCAGACAAGGCCCUCCCAGUGCUUGCCAACGUGGACGAUCCCAGCGCCGUUGACGCCCAGGAUGUGUGUCCUGGCUACAAGGCAACCAAUGUCCAGACCACUGAGGACGGCCUAACUGCCGAUCUGGUUCUCGCCGGCGAGGCCUGCAACGCCUAUGGCAUCGACAUCCCCGCCCUGAACCUCAUGGUCGAGUAUCAGGCCGACAGCCGGCUACACGUUCAGAUCCUGCCCAGUGUGCUCACAGCUGCCAACGCCAGUUACUACACGCUCUCGCCCGAUCUAGUGCUCGAGGGCCUCUUGGAGCCCGGCUCUCACGCCCACAAGGAGCUGAGCUUCCAAUGGAGUAAUGAGCCGAGCUUUUCGUUCAACGUAACGCGUGUGUCGAAUGGCGAUGUCCUCUUCUCCACCACAGGCUCCCAGCUGGUCUACGAAAACCAGUUCCUGGAGAUUGUGACCAGCCUCCCCGCGGAAUACAACCUGUACGGUCUAGGCGAGGUGAUCCAUAGUCUGCGGCUGGGGAACAACCUCACCCGCACCCUGUGGGCUGCCAAUGCCGGCAAUACCAUCGACAUCAACACGUACGGCAGCCAUCCGAUCUACAUGGAGACUCGCUACGACACAGCGCACGGAGAGAACCGCUCCCACUCUCACGGGGUGUUUCUCCGCAACGCUCAUGGUCAAGACGUCCUGCUGCGCGAGGAGAAGCUCACCUGGCGCGCGCUGGGCGGCAGUCUGGACCUGUACUUCUUCUCGGGGCCCUCCCCCGUCGAGGUGAUCCAGCAGUACCAGGUUGUGGUCGGACUGCCGGCCAUGCAGCGUUACCACACGCUGGGCCUGCACCAGUGUCGAUGGGGAUACGCCAACUGGUCAGUCGUGCAGGAGGUGAUCGACAACUACGCCCGCUUCAACAUCCCGCUGGAGAACAUGUGGAAUGACAUCGACUACAUGGCCUUUUACCGUGACUUUGACAACGACCCGGUGCGAUUCGGGUACAGCGAGGGCCGGAAGCUGAUCGACUCCCUGCACGCGAAUGGCCAGUACUAUAUCCCCAUUGUCGACCCGGGGAUCUAUGUGCCGAACCCCUUCAACGCCAGCGAUGCCUAUGAGCCUUUUACAAGGGGAAACGAGAGCAACGCGUUCCUCAGCAAUCCAGACGGCAGCCUGUUCAUCGGCGCUGUUUGGCCUGGCUAUACUGCGUUCCCCGACUGGCUGGAUUCCUCGGCGAGGGAGUGGUGGGCGUACGAGUUGCAGGCCUGGCAUGACAAGCUGCCCUGGGAUGGCAGCUGGCUUGAUAUGUCGGAGGCUGCCUCUGACUGUGCUGGAAGCUGUGGUUCGGGAAAUCUUCAUCUGCAGCCCAUCAUCACCCAGACUGGACUCCCCGGCUCCGCUGGCAAUCUUGUCCUCGAGUACCCCGAGGAAUUCAACCUCACCAACGCCACCGAGGCGGCCGUGGCGGCCUCUCAAUCGGCCAGUGAGUUGGCAGCCGAAUCAGCAACUGCCACAGCGUCCACCAGUACAUCCACGACAUAUGUCCAAUCCACCCCCAACGUCGUCCGCGAUGUCGAGUACCCUCCCUAUGUCAUCAACAACGGCCACGGCGCGUUGUCCGAGGGCGCCAUUGCCACCAACGCCACGCACCAUGAUGGAACGCUCGAGUAUGAUAUCCACAACCUGUUCGGCCUGGGCGAGGCGCAGACAACCUAUUUCGCCCAUCUCGCCAUGGAACCCAACCGACGGCCCUUCCUCAUCACCCGCAGCACCUUUGCUGGCUCUGGGCGCUAUACCGGCCACUGGGGGGGCGACAACAACAGUCGCUGGGGAUCGAUGUGGUUUGCCAUUCCGCAGGCUUUAUCUUUCCAGCUUUUUGGUAUCCCGAUGUUUGGCGUAGAUACGUGUGGCUUCAUGGGAAAUACAGACGAAGAGCUCUGCAACAGAUGGAUGCAACUGUCGGCCUUCUUCCCCUUCUACCGGAACCACAACGUGCUGGGCGCCAUCCCGCAAGAGCCCUACAACUGGGCGUCUGUCAUCGAGGCAACCAUCACAGCCCAAAAGGUCCGCUUCGCCCUCCUCCCAUACCUUUACACGCUUCUCUACCAGGCUCACGCCACCGGUUCCCCCGUGAUGCGUGCCCUGGCGUGGAACUUCCCCAAUGACCCGCGUCUUGCCGACGCAGACACCCAAUUCUUCCUUGGCGAUGCUAUUCUCGUCAUUCCCGUGCUGGAGGUUGGCGUCAGCACCGUGGACGGUGUCUUCCCCGGCUUGGUCGAGGGCACAGACCUGUACUAUGACUGGUACAGCCAGAGCAAAGUCGAUGUUCCGUCCACCUGGAACAUCACCAUCAGUGCCCCAUUGGGACAUAUUCCCGUUUACAUUCACGGGGGGAAUGUUCUCGCCGUACAGGACUAUGCCAUGACGACGCGCGCCGCACGACAGACCCCCUGGUCAAUCAUCGUGGCGUUGGAUAUUAACCAGACCGCCGAGGGGUAUCUGUAUCUGGAUGAUGGUGAAUCUCUCGUUGGCGAUACCAAGAGCGUCUACUUUACUGCUGAUAAAAGUUCCCUGUCUGUAAGUGUGGAAGGGGACUUUAUCGACUCCAACGGCCUUGACACAAUCACGAUUCUGGGACUGGACAGUGUCCCCGACGGUUCAGUCAGAGUGGAUGGUCACAUCCAGGACGCGAAUAUCACCUGGAAUGAUACAAAUAAUGCCGCUGUCAUUGGGGUUUCGUUGGAAAGUGCAUUUCAGUCUAGCUGGACCAUCACAUGGGAUUAA